AUGAAACGCAGACAUUCGCUUGCCGGACGUGAGAGGGAUCAAGCACGCAGCAGCAAGCGACGAGCAAUACAGGCGACUGCCUCCAACGACGAUUCACACGCCUCUGAUGAAGGUCUCGCGAUCAAACUGGGGGAUGAGCCGACCGCCGACCUCACGACGUACGUACAAGCUGUCACCGGAGACCAGGAGAAUAUCGCAGUCACCCAGUUACUGAAUGCAGACAUCAGUCACAUCAUUUGUGCCUGGGAAAGCAACAAGUACGGUGACUGCGAUCAGAAGCAAGUGAUGCAAGCGUUCGGCGGAUCCCUGGAAGAUUUCGUAAAGUUCAUCAAGAAUCAGGAGAACGAGGAGCAUCAGCAGGGCCUGGUACAUCUGUUCGCCGACGUGUUCGGCAAGCAAAGGCAGCAGGCAAACCUCAGCGUCUGCAUCUUGGCAGAAGGGCUCGGCCAUGCGCUCGGCAAGAGGAAGCUGGACGAGUUCCUGAAGAAGACCGAAUUCUUUGCAGAGGUGAAGGACGCUGCCGCCAAGGGCGCGAACAUUCGCAAGCGCAUUGAAGGAGCUCGAAAAGUUGUUAGGGCCUCAUGGCCACCGGCAGCCCGAGAGCAUCCAUUCAUCCAGUGGUUUACAGGAGGCAACACCACCGAGCAGAGGGCCAAGGAGUUCUUGACUUUUGUCAACAAGAAUCGUGACUGGACGACAAUCGCACCCCUGCUGAGCAAGUCCAUCAUCUACCGCCUGCAGCACCCCGGCAAAGGGAAAAGCCCAGACAAGCGCUUGAUGCCCAUCGACCUGAAGGCUAUUGCCGACGAGCAUGAAGAUGAGAUUGCCGCAAUCUACCUUCAGAGCUCGAAGACUAUCGCAUGGCUUGGUUGGAGGUUGGUGAGCAUCACUGGUGAUGAUGAGGUGGCACCAAAUCCUGAACUUAUGCGUCACUUGAGAGCUGGCGGCAAUCUUCAGCCCGAUCGACAAGCUUCUACACCGGAUCAGCCUCCUCAAAAAGAGCUUCGCCGGUCUUCCCGACAGUCUACAAAGACUGAUCUGGUCUGGCCUGAGCAGCUGGCGUCGAAGCAUAACUCGAGCAACCGCCUGGCGGAUAAUCCCAAGCCAGCCCUGACCCCCGGCGAGAAGAGCGACUCCACAUCCCAUUUACGAUCGACUUCAUUAGUCGAACCUCCAAACAAGUCGUCCACGCACAAGAAGUCGUCCAGAUUGGGCUUUGCUGUUACGAAAUCGACCAGCGACUCUACGCCGACAUCAUCCUCCCCUGCUAUCGUUCCUGAUGACACUUCGAACGACAGCGAUGUCCAAAGUGAGCACACGGACCAGGACGGCAGUCAAUAUGUCUGCCCUGAGCUGAACAACCACGACAAAGCAUGCCCUCACGAUGUCGAGAAACGGCUCAUCCACAUCGUGCAAGAUGCUCACAUCAUGGUGUCCGAUACAGACCAGCAAGUUCAAUAUCUGCAGUACUACGUUGCGCAGAGGGAGGACCGCGAUGAACCUCCCCUUUGCCACAAGCACUUGCGUUUGUUCAAAGGUAGAGUCUUUGGGUUCCAGAACAACAAGGGCUCUCGUGAGGACCACGACAAGGCUCUCAUGAGGAUGCACAGCAAGGGCCUGGCCGAUCUGGAUCGGUAUCGUCACUCGAACGGUCAUCUUUUUACUCGUGCGUCUUUACCGGACCUCCCCUCCGAUGUUCUUGGGCCGUAUCGCUUUCAAACUCACCAAUCGUUCAAUAAGACGAAGUUACCGCUCUCGUUGGAUGAGAUCAUGAUGUCGGAGAGUUCGAAGUUCAAUCAUGCACGAGACGCAAUCUGGCAACGCUUGGGCUUGAGCACGCAGGACUGGGAGGCGUGGGAGAAGGACGGAAACCUAAUCACCGGGCAGAUCUUCCACUGGUGGAAGGAUUUUGAUUAUGGAUCGAAGGAGCAUCCGAACUUGCUUGCGUUAGCCAUGGAGGAGAUCGCCAUGUACCGAUGGCACCAGCGUAACGUCCGCGGCAAGAGCAACAUUGGAUGGGGCCGCUCGAUGGUUCAUGGUCUCUGCCAGCAACUCAUGCGGAUGGAUCCAUGUUACUGGCUUCUCUACGUUUGCUGCCGCCCAGACUCCGCCGUUCCUCUCGUUUCGUACAGCUACUACUGCAAAGACCAGCACCCAGCCGUGGGAAAGCUGGAAAGCAAUCUCGGCAAGGAGUUCAGGCAUCUGGACUUCAACAUUGAGAACAUGAACGAGGAAGGCGGCGGCAAGAAUAUGGCACAGGGCUCUUUGUCCUUGCGUGAUGAAGAAAGAGACGACUGCACGAUCCUCAUCCCCAAGAUGCACGUUCCAAGCAACUGGAAUGAAUGGACAAGCCGACUGCUUGAUCGUCGGGAUGUCACCUCGGCGAAAGUCGAGGACAUCGACAGCACGAUGUAG